AUGGCCUCAGCCACUUUAACCCGUACGUUCUACAAUCUCAGGAGUCUAGGCUCCUCCAAACCUCAGGUUCAGAGAAGUCUGGACACUCGCCGUAUGGUCGGAACUGGAGAAAGGAAGAGUGAAGUCUGGUGUGAGGCGGUUGGUGUCACAGCCGAAAAUCAGAAGCCACUGGUGAUCACUGUUAAGAACGGAAACGAUUCGCUGGAGAUAUGCAGAGUACUUAACGGAAUGUGGCAAACAAGUGGCGGUUGGGGUAGAAUCGACCGUGAUGGUGUCGUUGACGCUAUGCUCAAGUACGCCGAUGCUGGUCUUUCCACCUUCGACAUGGCUGAUCAUUGUAAAAUCCAUGAAUUCCAUCUCAGUUUACAUUGA